AUGUUUGUGUGGGGUUAUAUUAGGAAGUACAUUGGCAUGGGACUACCGGAUCUGACGGAGGUGCGCGCGGAGCGGGACGUGCUGCAGGCGCGCAUGUCGGAGCAGGCGCUGAAGAUCUCGUCGCUGUCGGCGCGGCUCCAGCAGCAGCGGAACGACGCGGAGGCGCUCGCGCACCACGCCGCCAGCCAGCUCUCAGUACAGCUGCACGACGCGCUCGCAGAGGUACAAAGAUUAAAAGAUGAGCUGGAUACAAAAGAGAAACAGAUGAUGCGGCUGAAACAAACACUGGACGAGAGGGACAAACUUAACGAACAACACCAGACCUUGUAUGGAAACUCAUGUAAUCCUAAAGAUAAAGUCAUCAUAUUGGAACGCGAGCUCUCUACAGCGCAAAGUCGUAUCGCUCAAUUAGAGUCGCUCGCAAGAAGUUUAGAAUCUGAUAAGGAACAGUUGCAAGUUAACGUUAGGGAUCACCAGAGGGCGUUGGCCGAGAAAGAAGAUCAGCUGCAAGAACUGUUGGCGUUAAAACUAGAGGAUGAUAACAACGAGGGUACCAACGAAAAAAGCGAUAUGGUAGAAGGAAAGGCUUCAGCUAGAACACUAAGCGACAUAGUCUCAAUAUCCGAAUUUGAUGAGCAGGAUUUGCAAAUGAGGAGAGCGGAGUUAAAGGCUCAGAACUUGAGUUUAACCGGCGCACCGUACGCAUCUGACAUUCGAGACAAGAGUCAAUUGAAUAGGACAUUGCCCCCGGAUUUGCAGCGAGCGAAUAUGAGCUCCCUCAAUAUCGAGUUCGUCGACCAUUUUGACGUGCAAGCUAAUACUCCACGCGCUGAUUCAUUGCCCACACAUCUUACUUCCACCCAGAAUAAAGAUAUACUUAAACAGUUUAAAAGAAAUGUCAAUGAAACUACAAUGUUUGGUACUAUUGCAUUUGGGGACAGUGUUAAACAUUCCACCGCUCAAAAUAUACCAGAUAAUUGUUCAAUGUAUCCUAAUAUGGAAGUUAAUGAGACAAAAGAUGUAAGCGUUGAACCUAAAAAGAUCAACUUCUCUAUUGAACCAUCGAAUGAUAAUAAAACGCACGAGGAAGAAGAAUUUACAUCUUUGCGAGAAUUAGGAAUAAAUCUGGAUAUCAGACAGGAAAAUUUCCCUGAUAUACUGACACAACUGAAGCAUGAGAUUAAAAAAUCAAGAACUGAAUUAGACAAUUGUAAGUCAGAAUUAAAGAACGCUGAAGAACAAUUGUGUGAAUUUCCGGCUCUUAAGGAAGAAGUGGAGGAACUUAAGGGACUUUUAGAAAAUACUAUGGCUACAAUGAAUACAGACAAGAAAUUCUACGAGAAUCAACUAGAUAAUUUCUCAUCUAAUAAGAAACUUUUAGAACAAAGAUUAACGGAACUAACACAGGAGGUUAAUGAAAAAUCGAAAGACUUACAUUUGCUCAAAGAAGAUAUUUUAAGAAGAGAAAACAUGAUACUAGAAUUAGCUAAAGAAAAGCGUAACCUAACUAAUAAAUUGGCUGAGUUGGAAGUCAAAAUUGAUGAGCUUCAGAGUAGAAAUAAAUGCUUAGAAAAGUGUGAAUCUGAGAAUCAUCAACUUAAGGAGAAUAUAAAGGAAUUACAAAAACUUGAACAAUUGGUCUCUGAAAAGAACCAUCAAAUAGAUAGUUUAAAUCAACACCUAGACAGAUUUGACAAUUUGGAAAGGUGUCUUAAUGAUAAAUCUGAAGAAUUAGAUAAUUUGAAAGAGACAUUAGAAGAGAAAUCUGCCGAACUUUAUCAAUUACAAGAUUCUGUAGAAGCUGUGAAAGGCGAUUUGAAUAAAGCCAAUGAAGAGAAUCAACAACUCAAUAUUAAUAAUAAGGAAUUGAUACUAAAGUUAACAAAAAUAGAAAAAGAGCAAGAAAAUGCUUCUCUGAAACUUCAGAACAGCGAAACUGAGUUGGAAAGAAUGAAUUCAAUAAACAACGAAUUAUCGUCGAAAAUUGACGAGCUUAAGGUGCUCACUGAUAAGCUUAAAGAUAAAGAAACUGAGAUAGAAAUACUCCAUGAAGAUAUCAACUCUUUUCAUGAAGAGAUUGCGUGUUUGAGGGAGCAAUUAAAAAUGGUAUCGAGAAGUCCAUCGCCGAAGAGCAAGAACGGCGAGGAGAAAAGAUCGCCCAAGACUCAGGCGAGUAGUGACAAGAAGCAACUGGUUAAGAUUAGGAAACAGAUAACACUACUGCAACAUGAGCUUGACUUUAACAAGAAGGAGCUUAAUGAUAAAGCAUUCGAAUUAGCAAAAGCCAAGCUGGAUGUAACGGAACUGAAGAAUAAUCUGAGUCAAGCGAACAAACAGACAGCGGAUAAGGAUUUGUCCAAUAUGGAAUUACGGCAACAGACGGAAAGUUUACAGCAACAGAUACAACACUUGACGGUGGAGAGACAGCACUUGAGCGAACAGUUGGAGAUUGUCGUGGCAAGAUUGAGAGAAGAGUCAAAUGUAUCGGAACUGAAGACGAAGUUGCAGAAGAAGGUGGAACGUUGUCAAGAGCUGGAAAACGAGGUUCAAGAGCUGAAGGAACUCCUAGAUAGGCAAAGACCGUGCCAAGAUCUGGUGGUGUCGCAGCACUCGGGCGGCGGCAGUCGCUCGCCCACCGCCGAGCUGGAGCGCGCGCUGCGCGACCAGCUCCACUACUCCCACGCCCUCGACGAGGACAUCAUGGAACAGAUAUUAUCCGCAAGUAGCGAUGAACGCGAAGAAAUACCGCGACUGGCUUUGAAUACGUCGAAGUCAUCCAGCUCGAUCCAAUCGUCAUCUUCAGAGCGCAUGUCGCGGCUGAGAUCGGAGAACGAGCGUCUCCAGCUGCAGCUGAACAGCCUCGAAGCGCGCCUGCGGGAUAAGGAUGCGCUCAUCACAGAACUCAACCGCGUCCGCGACCGGCUCGUGCAGGACUGGCAGACGAGUAAGCUACGCUGCGAGGCCGAGAGAGACAACGCCGCGCGCCUCCACCUACUACUCGACACGCACAAGCAAACCGCGGACUCACUACAGAAUCAGGAUUCGAACAUGAUACAAAUAUUGAAGAAGCGUUUAGAGAGCGCGAUGCAGUCGGAGUUAGAACUGCAGCAGCGCGAACAGCAGCAAAGAGCUCGAGUGACGCAGCUGGAACGCGAACUGCUGGCCACCGAGCGCGACGACGGCUCGCGGCGACAGCUGCACAAUGAGAUGGAGAACAACAAUCAAUUGAAGAGUGAGAUCGCGUUGCUGAAGGCGAAACUGGAGGCAGAAAGAACGCGUGCGGCAGACACGCAAGCACUCACCGAACGAGAGCGUGCGCACGCAGACAGCCAGCGAGAACACGCCGCGCGGGAACUAGCCGCGCUGCGGGCCCGCCUCGCAGAACACCAGCGAUUGAAGCACGAGUCGGGAGUGGAGCUGGUCCGCGCUAAGGAACUACUGCAGACCCAGAGCGCCACCAUCAGCGAACUGGAGCGACAGCUGGUCUCCGCCCGCCGCCCCUCCACGCAAGUCACGCAUGCGCUGACAGAAAUCGAAACCCAAAAAACGGAGCUGGCGCGCGAGAUCUCGACUCUAAAGAAAUGUCUGCAAGACACCAACAGCCCGGAGAUUGCAGAGCUGCGCGCUGAACGAAAGCAGCUGCAGGACCAGCUCAAAGCGCUGCACCGGGAACUGAACCAGCGCCCGCCCACCGACGACAGGGACCAAGCGAUACGGUACCUCCACGGCCGGUGCCUCCGUUUGGAGAGCUGCCGGAAGGCGCUGGUGUGGCAGAAGAGGUACCUGCAGCGGGUGCUGUCCGGGUACGCGGAGCUGGAGAAUAAGCUGCGGCUACCGUCCUCGAGGACGGUGGAGAAAAGCCAUGGGAAGAAACGGUUCAAGUGUGUGGCGACUGCAAUAGUCAUAGUGAUCCGCAUGGAGUUCCUGGUGCGGCGCCGGCGUCAAGCGCGAGCGAUAGCCUCCGCCGCGCUGCUGCAGCGACCGCCCACCGCCACCACCUCCACCACAUUCACCACCUUCGCCACACCCGCCACUGCAGGUCCGUUCGCGUCAAAUUCUCCAGCGGCGUUCCAGCAGCGAGGGGCUGCCUCCGCCGCAGCCGGAGUAGGACCAGCAACGGGCUCGCGGAGACUUCUCAAGCACGAGCUGCGGCUCAACCUCCCACCCUCGCCCACAGUUGGCGAGUUCACACGACGGUCACCGUACAGCGCAAGCACGCCUCAUGAGGAGCCGUUCAUAUUGAGUUCGCCCCGCGGUGAAGUGGCGGCGGCGUACCUCAGCAAGCUGGAGCUGGUGAGUCGCUGCCUCACGCGCGCCGUGGACGCCUCCAGGGACCUGCCUUGAACUGCGCCGCGCUCCACCGGCGCUGUCGGUCUGCCUUACCUUGUUCAUCCACACGUAAUGCCAAUCUGCCUAUUCUCGGUCCAUCUCGCACGUUAUACCGCCACGCGUUGUCGAUUCUAUUAGCGGUAUGGUUCGUUUAGCGUUGUCAAUUUGACAUACGAUGUAGAUUUGACUGGUGUAGGUGGAGCUCGACGGGUUAAUUCGCAUUGGACAGUAAUACAUCGCGAGUUGACUUGCGUUGUUGGUUGACUCCGCCUUAGUAAUCCUGUAUUGGGUUGUUGGUCCGCUCCGCGCUGUUGGUCCACCUUUCGAGCACGCACUCGCGUUGUCGAUUGUGAUUGGCUACUCGACCCCGACGCCAUUUUGUUUUAACACGGGCGACAGGCCGCGUCGAAUGUUCAAUUUGAAGAAUAAAUGUCGUCAUUCAUAGACUUUAAUUUUUUUUUUAAUAAUAAUAUGAUCUCAAUAGAAUGCGUUAAUUGCCGCGUCGCGUUGAUUCAUAAAUCAGGUUUUAAUACAAAGAAAUUACAAUCUUAGCUCAAUUAUUAAUAGAAUACCUUUUACCUUGAUAUCGGUAAUGCAUAGCUUCCGUCUAUAAAAGUUAUAUACAUGCUAUUUGUAAUGUAUAAAAAAAUUAAUCAAUAUAUAAAAAUUUUCAAAUUGACACUUGGACGCGGCCGAUCUCCCUCGCAUUUCGAAGUAUAAAACCCAUGCAUUUGUUAUUGGCAGAUAGUAUAAGUAUUAGAUUAGUGCCAAACCUUAUUUUGAAUUACUUAAUUUAUUCAUUAGCGUAUUUACGUGUCGGAGCAUGAAAUUCCAUGACUUCUCUUGUAUUCUAUUGUUGACACUCCGCCUAUUUUUUAUUUCGUGUGGAUCAUGUGUUGAACGAGUUACCGCCAUAUUUUGUUUAAAAAUGAUGCUAUUACUUCAUUAUUGCUUUCUAAUUUAUAAUUUAUGUUAUUUCUAAAAUGUGACGACUCCGUAGCGAGUCAGUUUAACAAAAGAACCAAUAGAUGUCGCUGUUUCUGUUUUUAAGUUUUGUUACUUUCAAUUGGCUAGAUACGAGUUUAUCUUUCUAGAAAGUUAUCUACGUG